GUCCCAUAAGGUGCUGCAUCCUCAGACCUGCCGAAUUCUCUGCUGUUUGAAGCUCACACGCAACAUGUCUGGGAAGCCCGUUGACUACAGCCGCUGGGACAAGCUGGACCUGAGCGACUCAUCCGACGAUGAAGGACCUUCGGCUGCUGUCAGCAAAGCGAUGGCUGCUAUGGCCCUGAAGGCCAAUCAGCCCGGCUCGACAGCCGCCAGCUCGAGUGCGGCCAGUCCUCGCGUGGCUGGGGCGUCUGACGGGGACACGAUGCCCUUCAACUAUGACGGUGGGUGCCGAGAAGGGCAAGAGAGCGAAUGCAGCACCGCAUUGGCUCUCCCUUGCUCUAUGUGUGUGUCAGAGAUGCCUGGCUACAAGGUCCACCGCAGCCCCUCGGCUGCCUACCCAUCACCGAAGCGCUGCGGCAUGUGCCUCAAAUCGCCCCCUGACGUGCCGUCACUCUUCGACUGCGGCCAAUGCGGCCUCAUCAGCUACUGCAGCAAGGAGUGCCAGCGGCAGCACUGGCGCGCCAAGCACAAGGAGGUCUGUCAGAAGGCCAAGAAGUUUGCUGACCUGCCGCGCUAUCGGCUCGGCUACAAGAAUCCCCUCAAGCACGCUUUCGGCAUGAUGGACGAUGAUGAGUUCUACGAGCUGCAGCGGCGCCGAGAGGAUCAAAUUAUCGACGAGGUGGCGAGUCGUGAUGUGCUCACACUGUCAGUGUCCUUCAGAGCGGAACUGGUGGACAACCGUUAUCUUGACAUCGAACUGAUCUGCGGUGUGAAGGACGAAGAGCGCCACGCGACUGCUGUGGAGGCCGCAUAUCCAAGCAGACAAGGCUUCCCUCCUUUUAUCAUCUACCCCUCGUUCCGGUUCGUUCGCUUGUCGAUGGACACCACCACCCCUUGCAAGGACCGUUCGGCUGAGUCCCUCCGCUCACUCUACGCCUGCAUCGUCAGUGUGGUGUCCACGACGAUCCAGGGCUUCAUCUACAAGAUACUCAGCAAGACGGGCGGCCGGCUUCCUGUCUUCCGUCCGUUUUUCGACUUCGGUUUCUCGCUGGGUCCAUUGUUCUGGGCGAACAAGGCUGCGUCCAUCACGAUUGCGAGGGAGUUUGUUUUCUAUUUUCGGCCCCACAUUCGGGUCAUCUGCGUCAAAGCCGUCGUCCAUGCGUGCAAUCGGUUAUUCGGCGAGGACAUCAAGGACAGAAUGGGCAGGAAUGAGAAAGUCCAUGUCAACAAGCCACACGAGUACCUCUGCCGUAAGGCAUGGUGAGUGUGAGGGCGGCUAGGCUGGAACGUCACACAUCGAGGGGAGCGUGGGCGCUGUGUGUGUGUGUGUCCUGCUCCACACAGGAAGAACAACAUUGUGCACUACAUGGAUCAGUACCAGUUGACCGCCCACGUCGACCAGCUCUGCCAGCAGCACGCCGCUCAAGUGAGCAGACGGCAUCCAUAUCAUCCUUCCCUGUAUCUCAUUCUGUUUGUCGUGUCUGUGUAGCAGUCUGACGUGUCGUUUGAGAGUGUCAAGGAGCUGCUCGAGACGGCCCUCCAGUACACAGACAUCUUCCGGAAACACCUGCUCGACUACACCGCCGACAUGGCCGCCAACACGCUGGGCGGCUGGACCCUCGCAAAAGCUCUCGCUGUGACUGAGGAGAGGGUCCAGGCUGUCAGAGAGGAGUUGGAGGCGCUCAAUCCCCAGUACUGGCCACUUCACAAAGUGAGCAUGGAAACGUUCAAUGCACGCGGGUGUAGCGGCCUCUUUGUGCGUACUCGUCAGGCCAUCCGUGAGGUGCUGUCCCAACCGCCGCCCAAGUACCACGCCCCGUGUGACGGCCGCCUGCUGACGCUGGACGACAGCCGACAGGUGUCGGAGCUCGAAGUGAUGCUCAAGACACAAGGACUCAUUAAGCUAGCACAAGGAUGGCACAGACAACGAGGGGAUGGUGACAAUUUUUCUGUGGCAUAAAUGACGUGUCAUGUAUUCAGUCAGCGAACGCAUGUACAUGCCUCUGUGGUCCGAACAACUUUCUGUGUGCCAUUCGUCAACCACUGUCAGUCGGUCA